GCAACAACGCGUGACAUCAGAUAUCGAAAUGGCUAAGCGAAAGAAUGAGAACGUGGAGGGUGCGAGACUCCCAAAGUCUUUGAAGAGCAGGAAGGAAGAGAGCGCACCGGUGACAAAGCAAACUACAAAGAAACCCGCAGUACAAAGCAAAGCAGGUGCCGGCAAUGGGAAGGUCAUUCCGAGUAAGAGCAAGGCAGCAGUUGAAUCAGCCCCCGCAUCCAAGGGCGAGGCUACAGGAACUUCCAGCUUUCAGAUCAUUACAGGGUCUUAUGAAAGGGUUCUCCAUGGAUUCGCCGCGGCGAUCCCGUCAGAACUCGUCACUGGAAAGCACGAUGCAUCAAAACCAGAAACGGAGAGCUCCAAGGUGGAUUUCACAGACACAUUUCUGUUCAACGCGCACGCAUCCGCGAUCCGUUGCCUGGCCCUCUCACCGCUUUCCGAGGAAACCAGCAAAAUCACAUUAGCAACCGGCGCAACAGACGAACGUAUCCACCUGUAUUCGCUCUCAACAGCACCCCCAGCAGCAUCAAAAGCACCCAAACUUCCCAGCCUGACAGGAAUUGCCAUCACCGAGAACUCCAAGAACAAAGAACUAGGCUCCCUCCUCCACCACUCCUCAAACAUCACAGCGCUCUACUUCCCCACGCGCGCAAAGCUGCUCAGCGCAGCAGAAGACAGCACAAUAGCCAUCACUCGGACCCGCGACUGGACCGCACUCUCCACGAUCAAAGCCCCAAUCCCCAAACCCCAGGGCCGACCAAGCGGAGACACCGCCGGCCCGGGCGAGGUGCCUUCCGGCAUCAACGAUUUCUCCGUGCACCCGUCUAAUAAGCUGAUGGUUAGCGUGGGCAAGGGCGAAAAGUGCAUGAGGCUCUGGAACCUCGUGACAGGCAAGAAAGCCGGCGUGCUCAACUUCUCGCGCGACAUGCUGGCCGCGGUGGGCGAAGGGCGAUUUCAGUCCGGCGAAGGGCGGCGCGUGAUCUGGGACGCCGAGGGCGACGAGUUCGCGGUCGCGUUCGAGCGCGGCGUCGUCGUGUUUGGCAUCGACUCGAAGCCCAAGGCGAAGAUCCUGCCUACGCCGAGAACGAAGGUGCAUCAGAUGCACUAUCUGCCGAGCGAAGAGGGCCCGAAUACGCUCAUGGUGAGCACCGAGGACGGACGGAUUCUGAUGUACGACACGGGUGCCACUGCGGCGAGCGAGGACGCGGAGCCCAAGAAUGAAGAUAUGCCGAGCAGCAAACUCAUAGCGCAGAUUGGUGGUCCCGCGGCGGGUAUCACAGGGCGAAUCAAGGACUUCGAGGUCCUUCCCUACUCUGCGACGGACAAGUCGAAGUUCCUUGUUGUUGCUGGCAGUAGCGAUGGCACGGUGCGCCUCUGGCUUGUCAACGCCUCGGAGCUGAAGAGUGAGAACGAAGAGAAGGGCAGCGGGUUCACUGCAAACCAAAUUGGGAGACUGCUGGCUACGUACUCGACUGGCACGCGAAUAACGUGUCUCAAGGCGUACCCCAUGACCGGGAAACCUGAUGAAGAAGAGGACGAGAUCUAUGAUAAGCUCUCGGCUGAGAGCGAGAGCGAGAGCGAAGACAGCGAAUAAUAUAGGAUCUCUGUAUUGGCAGACUGUACGUGAUACCAAUCACAGACUUUGACAUCAUCGACAUCUUCCCAUCAUAUCCACCGUCUGUUAUCGAUCUACUAACCAUUCCACGCCAACAUUCUACCCACCCAUCACCCACCGUCUCCAAUCUCAUCCCACCCUCUACAAAUUCAUAGUCACAGUCAUACUCCCCCCACUAACUAACAACACCGGCCCCAGCCCCUCAGUCAAAACCUCCAAAUCACUCACAUACCUAACACUCUCCAUUUCGCUGCGACACGUGCCCAGCAUCGGACUCGGCAGCGUCGUAAAAACGACUGCCGUGUCCGCGCUCUGCGACCUAAUCAGCUCGUUGAUAACGAGAUGCUGCGCGCGACACGGCAGAUCGUUGAAGCUCAGCGGCACAGACUGCUGCGCAGGGAACCCCGACGCGAGACCCA